GAAAACAAAUGUCUGAGUACGGGAACUGGAUAUUAUUAUUUUAGAACAAAAUGUAGUCUGCUAUUUUAAGAAAAGCUGCGUUCAAAAUUAUUGAAAUCAUGAUAAUGUCUUUAGUCUUUAUUACUGAGGAGAAAUGGAACUUUCGGAACACUGAUGAGAAAUUCGUCUAACGGCACUAACGGUAUAUAUUCAAAUUUAAUUAUAAUUUUAAAAAAACGGUAUUUAAACUAUAAUUUUAUAAAGGCAAAGGUAAAUAGUAGGAUCAUACUAUACUAUAGUCUAUAGUUAACUAUAGAAUAGAGUAUAUGUAAUAGCCUAUACUACAUUGAUUUUGAUACACAGUACAUGAUAAUGAUUAAUAUAAUUUUUAGUAUAAUUAUCAUAAAAAAGUCAUAGCAACAUAUUUAUAAAUUAUAAUCGAAAGUCCUAAGCCUCAUUUUGUAUUGGCAAAUUUUGAGUUAACAGUAUGGGUUUUGCCCAAGAGUUUUCUCACCCUUAGCGUAGUGAUGUCACAUUGGGGAAUCCCAACACUGGACUUAGGGUGAAUAGAUCUAUUCUUUUUCUUUGAAGGACCCGAACGAUGUGUUAUAACAACUUAGAGUGAAAAGAUCUAUUCUUUUUCUUUGAAGGACCCGAACGAUGUGUUAUAACAUUCCUGUUCUUUAUUGAGCAUUACUUGCGUCAUAAACGAUACGGUUAAUAUGAGGUAUAUUGAAAUGAACUUUUUUAUUAAUUUGUAUUAAAAUUCAACUUACAUGUUUCAAAAGAAAGGACAAAGAAACACGUCCCAAAGACCCAACACCGGUGAAAAAAAAGACGCCCGCCAAAAUUACUGUAUUUUGAUUAGUUGAAAACAUCCCUAUGUUGAAACUUAGGUAACAAAAGUAACACUACUGCUUAAAUUGCAUUUGGAAUGAUCUUCUAGGAACUGGGGAGGAGAGACCCUCCCCAAACCCCUUCCCUCGCUUUAAAUAACAAAAUAAGAAACAUAGAAAUUUUGUGGGGCGGGGAGACUCCUCCCCAGUACCCCUCCCCAAUUUAACAAAAAAUUUAAAAUAAGAAAACAAUAACUUGCAUAAUGUAAAUACAAACAUCGAAAUCUUUUUAGUAUGGCACUCUAGACGACGCUGUGGAUGGAAAUGGACCGGGGGAAACCUCCUUGACGUAUAUACCGACCUCCUUGACCUAUAUACCGGGGAACACAUCGCCGGCCUUACGGCUAACUCAAAACCAGCCUAUGGUAUUUCUUCUUAAAGUAACCUUUGACUGCUUUAAUUUAUUACUUUCACAGAGCCUACGGCGCCAUCCAUAAAUGACGUCACGCAAAUUUUGCGAAUUUUUUACACUCCAUCAUCACAAAAAGUUAGCCCCCCCCUCAAUAUAACAUCACAUAUCUCUGCACCACCACCCCCCCCUUACACCGCCCCUAUAAAAACUCUCUGUGACCACUACUGACCUUUUUACAAAGCCUUAAGAAAUUCACCUCCCACCUCAUGGAUAUCAAAUUACUGCACCUGUGUUAGAAACAUUUCACUGGAACAGUGACAGUGGGUCUUAACCAUGGGUAAAAGUACCUCACAAGCCCUAAGGUUGGGCAGACCAUUUUUUAGACCUUGCAUACCUGUACUGAUUCUUUCAGUGAUCGUAGUUUAAAGAAUAAUGUUAAAAAUGUCUGUAAUUUAGUGUCAUUAAGUGCAAUUCUUUACUAUAUUUUGUUUUUCAUAUGACGUCUCAUUGCUUAAGCUCCCCCCCCUCAUCACUUAUUGUCUCACAAAUGUGACCCCCCUCCCCCUCUAGAUUCAAGACAUCAUUUAUGGCUGACCCCUAUACAUUACUAUAUAAUAGGGUAAAAUAAUGCAUUAAAUUAUCAAUAAAAUAGUUAUCUAAAUCAAAGUAUAAAUACUACUAAUAAUAAUAAUAGUAAGCCUAACAAUAUUUUCUCAUCUGAAUCAUGUGUCUCAGUACUCCGUUUUCUGUUCCUGUUGUCUCACUAUCAAGCAGACUAUUAUGGGGUUGUUCAUAAAGGAUAUGCAUCUUUUUCAUCCCCCCUACCCCCCUUUUGCGGAACUCCACAUCUGGCAUUAUACAGUGUGAAAUGACACUAUGUAUUAUUAAUAUUAUAAUGAGCAAAGAGUCACUAGUCUAGAUUUAAACUUCCAAAUAAGUGUGAUAUAAAUCAUUCAUUUAAAAGUCAAAGACCUGAGAAUAAGAGAAACAAUUUUGUAAGCCCAAAAUCUCAUUGUUUACAUUUGUUGAUAGACAGCAGCAAGAUAUUUAGAGCAAUCUAAUGAAAUGGGUAGAAAGACUUUGACAUUGUAUGCUUGUAAUUAGUUUUUGUAGUGUUGCGUUUGUUUUAAAUGUGGUAAAUUAUAGAUUUUUUUUUUUUUUUUAAAUUUAUACUCUUGUACCGCGCUUCGAGCCUUUGGGGAUGAAGCAUGUUUUUGAAAUACACUUUAUUAUUAUUAUUAUUAUCUCCCCUGUGAGGUUUUUACUAACUUCUUGAUGUUCUAAGAUAUUAAUUAUUUUCCAAAGAGAUUAGAGGACAUCUGCAAUUUGAAAAUGUUGAACAUAGAGGAUUCAAGCAGUACACAAAAUAAAAUGUUUGCUUGUUGAUAUAUGCAAGAUCCUUUACACCCCCCUCCCCCCUUGUUCGCAGAUGUCCACCUUUGAACAAAUCCGAUCUUUAUCAGCAUCUGCUUUGAACGACCCCUAUACGAAAUCAUCCUGAAUUAAAUUUUACAUAAAAACUUGAAUUUAAUCUAUUGUUUUUAUUUUUCAGUGACUAACUUUGCCUAAACAGCAGAUACCACGACCCACAGAAAAAUCACUAUCUUUUUAUCAAGUUGGUUUACUUUAGAGACAACACCAAUGGUCCCAAACUAUGCUUAAUAUAGUUCUGUAUAUGGUUAUCGAUGAUCACCCCUGUUAUGCUGGACUCCCUACCGUGGGCUCAGGCAGCUGAAUCCUAGUCUCAUAGAUGCAUUUUUGAAUGUUUCCAGUCUGUAGCCAUGGAUUGUCUUCACUUAAACAAGGAGGACCAAACGUUGGAAGCUACUCAGGUCAAGGGAUAUUUAAAAAUAUACUUGGAUGGAAAACCGAAAAUGAAAUGUUUGUUUUACAAGAAUUUGAAGAUUAAGUUUGUGUUUGACGAUUAUAUUUCAACAACCAAGAAAUCACUGGAAGAAAGAAUUCCUAAAAAGGAUAUUGUACCAAUUACGCACAUCACAAGUUUUCAAAGAAAUCACAAAAAUGAUUCUAUACCAAGCCAUGCAGAGAGUAUGGUCAGUGAAGAUGACAUCACAGAACUUGUUGCUCCUCAGACCUCAAUUCUGAAAGCAGAGAGUGUCUUUGAUGACAGAGCAGGCGAUUCUUGCCGCGAUUCGAAGUACAGUAUUCCUUGCGAAGCCAAUGAUCUUGGUGGACAACAGCUUAGCAAGAACAAUUCAGAAUCUUUGUCAGAAAAUAUCAACUGCCUUGAAGGUUUCCAUAAGUAUUCUCUAACUUUCCAAAAUAAUCCCUUGGCAGGCUUUCACUGUAAACUAUGCAAGAAAUGGUUUCCUGGGACCAAGGAAGAGAGGGAACAUCAAAGAAACCCUGAAUGUCGCACCAGAUGUGAACAGUGUGGACUGGUGUAUCCCUGCAGGGGAGACCUAUUUAAACAUCAGUAUGAAGCACAUGAUAUAGAUUUCCUGCAAACUCAGUUCCAGCAGUACGAUUUGAAGAAAGAUGCAAGGUGGCCAUGUGAAAAAGAUAAGGUUACCUGUCCGAUCUGUUCAAAUAAUAUUGUCUUCAGACAUUUUCGAUACCAUAUCAAUACGCAUUUUGACGAACCAUCUUAUAAAUGCUGUGUAUGUAGUGAUACUCUAAAAACUGCCAACGCCUAUUAUAAGCACUGCAAAGAUCACCUCGUGGGUGAACCUUCCAACCUCAUGAUGCAGUGUAAAAGAAGUUCUGCGACUGAGUCGAGAUUGAAACAAAAGUUAAAGGUAGUUCCUGAAAUUCAGAAUCAAAAAAAGAAUUCGAAGGUGAGGAUGGUCAAAGAUAAAGAAAAGAAUAAAGGAGAAAAAAGUAUAAAAAAGAAGAACGUUAGGGAAAAAACCUUCCCAUUAAUAAAAAAAAAUGCUACAAUUGAUAAGAGUAAACUGGAAAGAUAUAACGAGUGUCCUGACAUAAAUCUUAAUGCCAUGUCUGCAGCUGUUGGCGCCAUGAAUGAAGUGCGGGCUGAAGGAGUAACAGAGAAACGAGCAAAUGAGGAGAAAACCCAUUGUUGCACUUAUUGCAAGAAGACAUUUGGCUCCCAGGAGAGACUGCGUGCACACAAAGAAACCCC